AUGUCUUCAUCCGGCAAGCGCCCUGCCCAUUCUGAUUUUUCUGCUUCUCGUGACAAUGGUUAUGGCGGGGCCAAUUGUGGCAAUGGAAUUAAUGUUGGCACUGGAACUCAAGGACUGUUUACGGUGCCAAUCAAGAUGUCUUCUGCUGAACUGAAGAUCGGGCCUAUCAACGUUGAACGUGCCAAAAAAUUAGAAACUAGAAUGGCAGACAAGGAUGUAGACAAUAUGCUGGAGUAUCAUCUUGCCUCAUGUGUUGCAAUAAUGGUAUCAAUCCAUUGUGAUGCUAGUGGUAGACAAUGGAUGCCUGUGGAACAACUCCAUGCAGAGCUUACUGGAAAGUUCACUGCGAUAUGGCCCUAUGGCAAUGCCCAACAGUACCUGGCACCAGAGGAUGGAUCAUCAACCAGAACAGCAGAGAGGCCAUGGCACAGGCUGUUGGAGCUGCUCAAGAAUCACCCGGAGAGGUUUAUCAUGAGUUCAAUCUCCAGAGGCACAAUAACAUUAGAGUUCGUUUCGCUGGUCAGCUUGGCUGAUAAGUUUUGCUGCCCUGAGGUUGAUCAGGUCACUGCCAGCUCAUUGUAA